AUUACAAUUACGUUCAAAAUUGUGAUCAAAAUAAUGAAUGAAUUAAUUGAAUGAAUGGAUGAUUACUAUUGUGUCGAAGAGUUGUCCGAUAGAGAGGCCGUCGACAGCAGCAGUGAUGACGAAGAUUUCAGAUCACUCUUCACUUUCGACGACUCGGAGGAAGACUUUGAGACAGAAAUGGAGAGAGAAAGACAGCAACGAGUCAAUCGACACAACACUGCCAUCACUUCCAACACAUCCAAUGCUGUGACCGAUGGAAGUGUUGCCAAUCAGACGGACGUAAAUGAGGCCAAAAACGAUGAACUCUUAUACGAUCCGCAAUCCGAUGAAAAGGACCAGAAAUGGGUGGACAGGGAGUCGGCGACCACUGGUGUGGCCACCGAUGGCCGAAGCGAUGCCACACUGAACUGUCCCGCGUGUCUGACAGUGCUUUGUCGGGACUGUCAGCGGCACGACAUAUACAGAACUCAAUACAGAGCUAUGUUUGCCACCAAUUGUCGCAUUGAUUUCACUCAAAGACUUCAAUACAAAGACAAACAAAAAAGUCAAAAACGGAAACGAAAUGAAACGACGGAUCAAACGAAUGACGAGAAGUGCCAUAAAGUGGACAACUAUUACGCGGUCUUCUGUACGGUUUGCAACACUCGGGUCGCUGUUUACGACUCCGAAGAAGUUUACCACUUCUUCAGUGUUUUGGCCAGUUUUUAGUGAUUGCUCUCUCAUUGUUGCCCACAUUUCACUAGUUUUUUAUUCAUUAUUUUCAUUGUUAUUAUAUUUAUAUUUCAUUGGAAAAC